UGAGCCGCGGUAUCAAGGUGAUACGGCAGUCGUGUUAAUGUCAAUGACCGAUUGGCAGUGGCCAUGAUUCCUCCCAAAAUGACAUUGCACGCCGGGGCUCGCCGACGGCGGUACAUCUGCGUUUCAGAUUGGGAACAGUCCGCGCUGCGUUUUAUCGGCGAUAAGCACGAUAAGGCGACGAUAUAUCUCUCGACGUUGCCUAAUUCAGUGCAACUGCAACUGCGAUAGAAUAUUAUUGCGGAUUUCGUUGAGGCGUACCUUCUGCAUUACGAAACGCAUCGCCGUCGCGUUGCAACUUUUGCUCGGAGAAGUAAUACGCGACGAAAGUUUGAGCAAUUAGCGAUGUAAGCGUGACGACGACGGCGGCGGCCUCGCAAGCUGCGGGAAUAAUCGAGUCGGUGUAACCCCCGGCGCAUACAAGAACUUAAGAAAACGGCACGAACCUUUCGCUCCGAUCUGAUAAGGGCAGAAUUAUCGGCUAAUGGCUCGACUCGAGUGACUUUUUCCCAGGUAAUAUGCAAAACGAGGAUAACGAAUGAGGAUGAUCUGAGAUCGGGCCUUCUGGCACAUCGCGCGCAUCGAUACGAAUACGCAGCUGCGCGCGGCAUCGACUCGUCUCGCGCGACGCGGCGCGACGGUCCGCCGUGCACCGUCGGAUUCACUUAGAGCGCCGAUGUUAGCGCCUUCAGUCGCGUCCGGCCCGCGUUGGCGUGAGCGUCGCGGUGUGAAAGUGCGGUUCGAAUCCAGACGGGCGCGGAAUCGCUCCAUUCGUUCGCGCCCGCGUUGCGGUACGAACGGAGUCGCCGGACGACUAAUUUGUGCCGAAUGUCGCGCCGUCGGUCCCGGUCGUGAGGCUACGUGCGUCUGUAUUUUGGCUGCCACGCUCGUGGGACGAGGACAGCCAUGGAUGCGUGGAUGUACGACGUGGUCUGUAUGAUGUCUGGCGCUACCACGGAAAGUAUGAUCGGGAAUAACAGGACGACGAUGCCGAACAUCAAGCAGGAGAUCGACAAUCCGACGACACCUACGCAAAAUUAUCAAGUAUGCUCGCCUACCACGACCCUUCAGCAUCAGGAGUCUAUGUGCACGAAAUUGGACAUUCCACCGGACUAUGGCGACAGCGGUGGUAGUCCCGAGAGUCCAGAGAUGCACCAUUGUUCUUCCACGACGCAGCCUUUGGGAGCUCCGGAUGAUGGUGUCAAGGAAGAAGAUAUGAUGCCCAGAAGACUGUGCCUGGUCUGCGGGGAUGUCGCGAGCGGUUUCCACUACGGUGUCGCCUCCUGCGAAGCGUGCAAGGCCUUCUUCAAAAGGACUAUACAAGCCAGUAAUUUUACAGGAAACAUCGAGUACACGUGUCCCGCGAAUGGCGAGUGUGAGAUAAACAAACGUAGGCGGAAGGCAUGCCAGGCGUGUAGAUUUCAAAAAUGCUUGCGACAAGGCAUGCUGAAGGAAGGCGUGAGAUUAGAUCGCGUUAGGGGCGGCCGACAGAAGUACAGAAGAUCCACGGAUCCUUACACGCCUGUCAAGAACGCCACGUUAGAAGAUAACAAAAUGGUCGAGGCAUUGACUGCCUGCGAACCGGAUAUGCUUCAAGUGUCCAAUAUCUCGCAUACGUUGGAAACGGACCAGAGAGUUCUCGGCCAAUUGUCGGAUCUCUACGAUCGAGAAUUGGUCGGAAUAAUCGGUUGGGCCAAGCAGAUUCCGGGAUUUAGCAGCUUAGCGUUGAACGAUCAGAUACGGCUUCUGCAGAGCACAUGGGCCGAAAUACUGACCUUCACUCUAGCAUGGAGAAGUACGCCGAACAACGGCAGAUUGAGGUUUGCGCAAGACUUCACGUUGGACGAGAGACUCGCGCACGAGUGCCAUUGUAUGGAUUUGUACACGCACUGUAUACAAAUCGUGGAAAGGAUCCAGCGGUUGUGCUUGACGCGGGAGGAGUACUACGUGCUGAAGGCGCUGAUCCUGGCGAACAGCGACGCCAGAUCCGACGAGCCGCAAGCGCUCUACCGUUUCCGCGAUUCGAUCUUGAAUUCCUUGUCGGACUGUGUAGCGGCGGUGAGGCCCGGUCAAGCUCUUCGCGCCACGCAGAACAUGUUCCUAGUACUACCCAGUCUCAGGCAAGCGGACGGCAUCGUCAGGCGAUUUUGGUCUAGUGUAUACAGAACGGGCAAAGUACCGAUGAACAAGCUCUUCGUGGAGAUGUUGGAGGCGGUUUGCUACUGAUGAGACCACGUGUCACGCUCCGUCGUCAUCGUAAGAAAACUGGGUAGCCUAGUUUGUUACCCUGCCGACGCAAAAUCGACUGUCAAAGUCUCAAAGUCAAAUCUACGUUGUCGUCACCGGGCGGAGAGGAAGUGUGUUUCAGCUUAACGUCACAGCCAAUUGAAGAUACCAGUGUGAGUGAUAGUGCGAAAGGGGGAGAGAUAUGAAUUUAUCAGUUUCUUCUGCGAUUUCCUUUUACUUUCUACCGGACUAUUCGCGAAUCAUUGUUCUUUCUUUGCGUGCGUAAAAGGGUGAGCGUUGAGAGGAGGAGGAGCAGCGAUAGGAACAGGAGGCUUAUUGACCGGUGUUGCUACACGACGAUUUCACGAAUGCUAUUAUUAUAUUGUGAAUCGCUCGCGGAUCGAUCGCGCUAGGACGAUUAUGGGGCAUCCGUAGUCUUUGUUCGAAGUAUCCAAAACUUUCCUUUUCGAGUACCCCAUUUACAGGUACAGGAAGAAAGAAAGGCGAUCUUUGCGUAAAGGGAUGGUACAAGAUACAUACGUGAGAAGAUUACUUCGGGGUUCAGGAUGGCGUGCGGAAGCCAGUGAUAUGGGCGAAUCGAAUUGAAUUUUACUAGGCGUAAUUACGUUCCCGUUUGAUCGUCACGAUCGCAACACCGUGCCGGUGAUUGUACAGAUCAAGAUAACGUGUAGUAACUGUGGGUGUUUAACGAUGUACUAACGAUAAUAAUGCUGGUUAUUAAGAACACAAUCAAAAUUACUGUUACUGCGAGCGGCAUUCCCCUCGAUUGUCGCUCUCCGAGUUCUCAUGGUUGUUGCGUCCCCCCCCCCCCCCNUCUCUUCUCUUUCAUUCAGUAUAUUCUAACGGGAGGAACUUUAAUUCAAUCGUGUACCUUCAGCGUGAUGUAUAUUGCCUCGUUUGCAUUAGCACAUGUAAUUAUAAUAGCUUAAAUGUGAGAAAAUCAAGUAAGAAACGUUAAUCGAUACAUAUAUUUGUGAUAGCUACAUGUGUGUGUGUGUGUGUGUAUGUAUAUAUGUACACAUACAUACAUACAGACAUACACAUACAUACAUAUAUAUAUGUAUGUAUGCAUAUGUAUGCAUAUGUAUAUUGAACAUCCAUAGUUAUAUAUAGCGGUGUAGAAAAUACGUCUUUGUACAAUAUCUUUAGAAUACAACUUUGUACAAUAAAUGAGAUCGAGUUUGAUGCGUGCGAAAAUUAGUAAUGGGACAUGGAUAUAGCGAUGGAGAAUCGGAGCGGAACGUUCCAACCAGGGAAACGUCAACUUCCGCGGGAAGUUGAAUCAUCUCGUGUUUCGAGGAUAGAGGAUCUUGUCCAGGUUAACGCUGUUUCGUUGACAGUAGAAAUGUUUAACCGGUUGUUAAAGUAAUCGUGAUACGUUGUUUGACCGUGCCACACGAGAGAAAGAGCAGGAGAAUAUAUUGCUAUAUAUAUUAUUAUUAAAAAUAAUUAAUAUUAUUUUUACGAUCCUCCUUAUUAUUGCUACACUACGCGCGCGUUUAUUAUUAUUAAUAUUAUUACUGCUAUUAUUAUUAUUAAUAUUAUUGUAUGUAUUAUUCAGGGAUCUUCAUUGUCUAGUUAUCAUUAAUUAUUAUAAUAUUGUUACGGAAGAUCAGCGAGUUACGCGCAUAAUAUCACUUUCGCGUUGACACGCGACCAUAACGCUACGGAAAGCCUUUACUCACGACCGAGAACUUAUAAAGAGAGAACGAUAUAUAUGUAUAUACAGAUAUAUAUAUACACACACAUACACAUAGAGAAGAUGAAGAAUUUUAUGCAGCUUCGUUCGACGACUGUUGUCGCGAGCCCCACGACGGUUUUUAUCGAUUUCCAGAUGCUGCCUGUUAUCGCUUGCGUAUACACUGACCGUUGCGAGGGGAAUUUGACUCGGCUGUUUAGAAAGCUACGAUCGACGUUGAGUUACAGAAGAUCGAGUUCUGACUUUUCGGUGUAACCGAACUGGUAAAAGCCGUACUGGGUCUCGUACUUACAUGAGUGAGACUAUCGUCAUGGGUACUGAAAUGCAAUAAAGUCAGGACACGCAGAUUAUUUUCUCUCUUAACAGCAAGGUUAGCGUCGUCUCUUUGCUUUUUCCUCGUUUCUCACAGGAUUGUCCUAUCUUCUGUUCAUAAUCUGUAAAAUUCACGCGGAUAACUUCUUCUUUUUUUCUCUCCGAUUCUUUCGAUUCUUUCUGCAUUUAAAUUCGUAGAUAAUCUCGCACUCCCUCGACAAAUUCUGUCUCACAGUCGCGUCUGCUUCUCUCGCGGGGUCAUAUACUGCCUUUUCGUGAGCAUUUUUGAAAAAGUGAAAAGGGAAAAAAAAAA